AGCCAGCGAGCGCUUGGCAACUGUAACCAAGUGACAGCCUCAGCCCGGUUAGCCAUUGGCCGCGGCAUUUAUUGGGGGCAGCAGGGCCCAGUCGGUGUUUGAAUGGUGAGGGAGGCUGGCAGGGGCCUCAGGUGUUGACGAGAGACGGAGACAGACAGACAGACAGACAGACCGAGCCGGGGGAGGGACAGCGGGUGAGUGGCGUGGAACGAGAGCGAGCUGGCAGACACGGCAUCGCACACCAGGAAUCCUCGACACCUGGGAGAGCGGAGCGGGCUGUGAGGCUCGGAAUGCAAACGCGGUGGAGGAGCAGGCGACCACCGAGUCCAGCGGGGGCCACUUGGUGAUGCUGCAGUCGUAGCGGAGAGGGAAGGGCGAAAAGUGCCAGGUGGGCCCUGGAGAGGAGGACUCUGCAAUGACAGACCGCCGGACGACUUUGUAGCCCGGCAGCGGGGCGACGGCACAGAAAUGCAGAUGCCCGUUUGCUGUGUCUCGUCCGCCUGGCGCCGCCUUCUCGCUCGCUACUCGGAACGGGACCCGGCCGGCUUGGGCACGUCGCACGGAUGGUCCCCUCCCCCACCUUCACCUCGCGGUGGAUUUGAUGGCUGAGACCCCCCGCUGCCGCUUCGAGUCCCUCCGCUCACUCGAGAUGCCUCACUGAAGAAGCGGCAUGAACAACGGCUCGGUCAACACGUCCCAGCACCGCUCGUGCCCAUCGGGCUUCGGUCCCCACGACGGCGCCGAGACCUGCAUCCUGGAGACUGCAGUCAUUGUCCUCCUGACCGUCCUGAUCAUUGCCGGGAACCUGACGGUCAUCCUGGUGUUCCACUGCGCCCCGCUGCUGCACCACUACACCACCAGCUACUUCGUGCAGACCAUGGCCUACGCGGACCUCCUGGUGGGCUUCAGCUGCCUGGUCCCCACCCUAUCCCUCCUGCGCUACCCCUCGGGCGUCCAGGAGUCGCUGACCUGCCGGGCCUUCGGCUACGUCAUCUGCGUGCUCAAGAGCGUCUCCAUGGCCUGCCUGGCCUGCAUCGGCGUGGACCGCUACCUGGCCGUCACCCGGCCCCUCUCCUACCGCCGCCUGGUGACGCCCGGCCGCCUACGCGCCUGCAUCGCCCUGGUCUGGACCUACUCGGCCCUCGUCUUCCUGCCCUCCUUCUUCGGCUGGGGCAAGCCCGGCUACCACGGCGACAUCUUCGAGUGGUGUGCCCGCUCCUGGCCCACCAACGCCUACUUCACGGGCUUCAUCGUCAGCCUGCUGUACGCCCCGGCUGCCCUGGUCGUCUGCUUCACCUACUUCCACAUCUUCAGGAUCUGCCGGCAGCACGACCGCGAGAUGAGCGAGCGCCGGGCGCGCUUCCCCAGCGAGGGGGCCGAGGGGGACCACCCUGUACCGGACCCUCGCUACGCCGCCGUCCUGCUGCGCAUCACCAGCGUCUUUUAUGUGCUCUGGCUGCCCUACAUCCUCUACUUCCUGCUGGAGAGCGCCCACGUGCUGGACAGUCCGGCCUUGUCCUUCGUCACCACCUGGCUGGCCAUCAGCAACAGCUUCUGCAACUGUGUCAUCUACAGCCUGUCCAACAGUGUCUUCAGGCUGGGCCUGCGCCGCCUCUCGCGGAGCCUGUGCCCGUCCUGCGGGGGUGCGCCCGGCGGGGACCUCAAAGAGCCGGUGCCGCCGCCACCAGCGCCCCAGCGGCCCGACUCCUGCUCCAUCUGAAGCAUGGGCCGGGAUUGUGUGGCCGGCUCUGCUAGG